AUGGAUCAAUCCAGUGAGCGUGCAACAAAUUUGAUUGCCGCCAUAAAACCAUAUAUUCAUUAUGUUGUACUACCUGUCGGCCUUUACGCUGCUAAUCGUUUCUUUCGUUUUCUGAUACCUGGGCCACAGCACCGCUCGAAACUUGAUCUGCGUGAUCGUGCUGUAUUAAUCACUGGAGCCAGUUCGGGUCUUGGUCGAGAAUUAGCGAUUUGUUUUUAUCGAAGAGGUGCUAAAGUGAUUUUAACAGCACGCAGUAUUGAUAAGCUGAAGGAACUCUGUGAAGAGCUAAAAUCAUUGCAAGAUGUUAUCAAUAAUAAUGAACCAGUUUAUAAAUACCUGGAUAUUACCGAUCCAAAUGGCGUUGUAGAACUUGUCUCGUUUGCCAUCAAUCAGCGGAUUGAUGUUCUUAUUAAUAAUGCAGGUUUAAGCAUGCGUGGAAGUUGCAAAGAUACGCCUGUGGAUGUGCAUCGGCAGGUAAUGGAAGUUAAUUACUUUGGUCACGUUGCAAUAACUAAAGCACUGCUUGAUUAUAUUCCGGAAGAUGGAGCAAUUGUAUAUAUAAGCAGCGUACAAGGUCGCAUUGCUGUACCAUAUCGAAGUUCUUAUUCAGCUAGUAAACACGCUGCUCAGGCUUUCUUCGAUUGUUUACGGACUGAAGAACGAUUUAAGACGCAGAUUCUCGUUGUAAGUGCGACUUAUUUGAAUACAGGUUUUGGACGUCGCGCGCUUACUACCGAAGGUAAACCGAUGGAUAAGGAUGAUCUUAACCAAGCAAAUGGGCUCACACCGAGUUAUGCGGCUGAAUGCAUCAUAAAUGCUCUCAUAAAUCGAAACACAGAAUUGAUUCUUGCACCAUUAAGCCAUCGUUUUGCUAUCUUUCUGCGUUGGUUCUGCCCUACCCUUUUCUUUUAUAUCAUGUACCGCAGAGGUCUUAAAGAUAAAAGCGUUAAAAAUAAGUAA